UUCUGAUCUUCUUUUUGUUUUAGUUUCCAGUCUAAUAUGUUUGUGUAUCUGUGUGCUUUAGAUUUGGGACACUGUUGGGAAAGAGAGAUUAUUAUCUCUUGUUGUGUGCUUGUUUAUGAUGUUAACUACCUCAAGUCAUUUGAUUCUAUAGAGGUGCAGAUUGUUGUAGCAGGUGUAGAGAAGAAAGCUAGACAAUGGUGUGCUCACAUUGCUAUUACGAAAGAAAAUUACAAUGUAGAUGAAUUAUUCUUGUGCAUCACAAAACUUGCCCUGGCCAAUGAGGGUGACCAACAUAUAUAUUUCCAGGGGAUUCCAGAGUCUGGUUCGGAGCCUGAGCAAAGAGGAGGAUGUGCUUUCUGAAGCGAAACAUAUGUCUUAGCUAUGAUUGAUUUGUGCCAUUAGUUUUCUUCAGUCCUUUGAUCUUUUGGUGGUUCAGAGAUUUGUUUGCACCAGUUGUUAAAGUAGUAGGAAAAACUCCGCGUAAUAUAUCUCAAAGUUUAAAGUCUUACGGAUCCAUUCAUCAGUGUCCCAAAUCUAAAGCACACAGAUACACAAACAUAUAACUGGAAACUAAAACAAAAAGACAAUAAGAAGACAA